AUGUUAUCUGGCUCUGGAGCUGGACCUGGCUCUGGAGCUGGACCUGGCUCUGGAGCUGGACCUGGCUCUGGAGCUGGACCUGGCUCUGGAGCUGGACCUGGCUCUGGAGCUGGACCUGGCUCUGGAGCUGGACCUGGCUCUGGAGCUGGACCUGGCUCUGGAGCUGGACCUGGCUCUGGAGCUGGACCUGGCUCUGGAGCUGGACCUGGCUCUGGAGCUGGACCUGGCUCUGGAGCUGGACCUGGCUCUGGAGCUGGACCUGGCUCUGGAGCUGGACCUGGCUCUGGAGCUGGACCUGGCUCUGGAGCUGGACCUGGCUCUGGAGCUGGACCUGGCUCUGGAGCUGGACCUGGCUCUGGAGCUGGACCUGGCUCUGGAGCUGGACCUGGCUCUGGAGCUGGACCUGGCUCUGGAGCUGGACCUGGCUCUGGAGCUGGACCUGGCUCUGGAGCUGGACCUGGCUCUGGAGCUGGACCUGGCUCUGGAGCUGGACCUGGCUCUGGAGCUGGACCUGGCUCUGGAGCUGGACCUGGCUCUGGAGCUGGACCUGGCUCUGGAGCUGGACCUGGCUCUGGAGCUGGACCUGGCUCUGGAGCUGGACCUGGCUCUGGAGCUGGACCUGGCUCUGGAGCUGGACCUGGCUCUGGAGCUGGACCUGGCUCUGGAGCUGGACCUGGCUCUGGAGCUGGACCUGGCUCUGGAGCUGGACCUGGCUCUGGAUCUAGAUCUGGCUCUGGAUCUAGAUCUGGCUCUGGAGCUGAACCUGGCUCUGGAUCUAGAUCUGGCUCUGGAGCUGGAGCUGGAGCUGGCUUUGGAGCCGGAGCUGGCUCU